AUCUAUCGGUACAAUAAUGUUAGUAAAAAGUUUACAUUUGUACAUGCGACACAGUCAAGCCCUCAUUCUUGUUUUUGCUUUUGACCAUCUUCUAUUUAUCCCUUUAUACACCUCUAUUUUUAUAUUUUCUAGGACAUGAUUUGAAAAUAAGAAAAUCAAGACUUUCAGUUAAUCAACUUCUUGCAAAGAACGAAGAACUCCAGUAGUGUCAAUGGCUUCAUUAUACAAAAUACUUUUUUUCAUAUUUAAGCUGUUGUGUAUAAACAAAGUAGUGUGUUUUCCUUCGAGCAAUGAGACUCAUUCUUUGUAUGAUCAAAGGCAAACUGGAAAAUAUAAUAUUCAUAUUAGCUUAAGAGAUGUCUCAAUUAUUGAAUUGGAUAGAAACGAAUUUUCUGAUGAAACAAUCAAUAAUGGCGAUGAGUAUUAUUAUGACGAUGAGGACCUUACAAUAAAACCGAUAUCGAAUUUCAUUUCAACAACAAUAAAAACCCCACAAAUAACAGUGAACAAUUCAUUAAAAAGUGAAAUUGUUGAAAAUCCUCAUAGUCAGCAGGUGGAAAAAAAAUCAGAGUCUCCACACACACAACUGACAAACUUUACAUUACUUGAAUCAGGUUUUGACUCUAGAUCAAAUUCUUCUUUAUUCCCCUCUUCGAAGAGAACUACUAUUAAAACAGAUGAAGAUGCAACUCUUUCGAAGGAACUUGUUUCGCAGGGCCCAAGUAAAGCCCAUCUUGUGUUUGUUCCAUUACACAAAAGGCAUAAAGAAAAUAAUAAAGAUAAUUCACGUUUUGUCGAUGUUCCAAAAGAUCACAGAAUAAAUAAACCUAUCCCUAAUAUUCCCAUUAGAUGCAGAAAUAAUCAAUUGCGAGAUGCUUACGGAAAUUGUCGUUCUUUAAAGCGUAGCUCGUUUUUGAAAACCCUUUUCAGUGUGCUGCAGUUAGCACGAAUGAAAAAUAAUUAAUUAAGUUCAUGGGUAUGCAGAGGAGACAUUGGUUGGUUACCAUAUUCAAUGCGAGAAGAUUACACAAAAAAAUUCAAAAGCAUAAUAUCAUAAUGUGAACGACAAAGGACAUUCUAAAGAGCAAUAACCUAUUCAUAUUCAUUGUUUCAAUAAAUGUAUUUAAUAAAAUAUGAAUUAUAAUGAGCUAUUAUGGUUAUAUCCAUUAAAAAGAAAUAAUAAAAUAGAAAAUGCAUGAAAUUAUCACCGUUUGGUAGUAAAGUUAUUCUGAGAUAU